GUGAUGGUCACAAUAUAGAAAAUAAGAUUAAGCAUAUAAUAAUAGCCUUUGCUAUUUUGGAUCAAAAAGAACCAGACAAUUAUUAUACUAUAAUUAUAUAUUCUAGUAUUGAAAACUAUAAGUUAUUAAAAAAUGCAAUAUAG